CAUCUGGUGUCCUCACUCCUGGCUUGGCAUGGCUCGAUCCGCUGGCUGAACUCAUUUGCAAGCGCUCAGCCAACUUCUUUUUCCAGGACAAUGUACCAGCAUAUCCUUUUCCUUUUCCUCCUCUCCUUCAGUCCCCAUAAAUGCCAAGAUCAAAUCCUGGGUGAAGAUCCAUAUGAAAUGCCCAAAGACUACCAGGAGGUCUACAGAGGAACAAAAAAUGAUGUUAAAGAGAUCCCGAAGAUUGCAAAGCCCUUUGUUUCUGAGAUGAUCUUUGUGCAAACCAGCAUCACUGCUAUCAGGAAAGGUGCCUUCAGGUACAUGCCCAACCUAACCAAGAUUUUGUUAAUUGGCAACAAGAUCAAGACUGUUGAACCUGGAUCCUUUGAUAAUUUGGACAAGUUGAGGGAAUUGGACAUCUCUGGUGCCUCAUUAGAAAAACUAUCUGUGGGCACUUUCCAAAACCUCCCAAGUUUACAGAGGCUGGAGCUGAGAGACAGCCAGCUCAGAUCCAUCCCCAAAGGCCUGUUUGAUGGGCUGGAAAGUUUGGGAGAGCUCUCCCUGCACAUCAAUGCAAUCCCUUCUCUUCCAGAAGGCAUUUUUGAUUCUCUUGUCAAUCUAACUUUUUUGGACCUGUCUAGAAACAGGAUCACAGCUCUUCCUGGGAAUGCCUUUAGCAAACUCACCCAGCUGCAAGUCCUCCGGCUGUAUGAGAAUGAGUUGCAGGACCUCCCAGAGGGACUGCUGGACAGUCAGCUGGAGCUGCUGGAGCUCAGCCUCCAGAGGAACAGGCUCAGGGCACUGCCACCCAUGCUUCUGAGGAGCCUGCCUCACCUGGAGAAACUCUUCUUGGACAACAACCUCAUCAGGGUUCUCCCAGCUCAGGGCUUUUUUGGUUUAAACAAACUGAAGUUGCUGACUCUGGGCUCAAACCAUAUUAUGGAGCUCCCCUGCUGCCUUUUUGACACCAUGCCACACUUGCGGGAGCUGGAUCUGGGCAGGAACAGUUUGGCCACACUUCCAGAUGGCGUCUUUGUCAAUCUCACAUCCCUUGGCAAACUCAUCUUGUCCCACAACCAGCUAUCUGCCCUGCCAAGAGGAGUCUUCACAGGGCUCAGCAAGCUCUUGGACCUCCAGCUGGACACAAAUCAGCUCUCUGCUCUGGAUGAAGAGGUCUUUGCUUCUCUCCCAAAUCUGAAAACCCUCAACCUUCGAAAGAACCAGCUGGAGAGUGUUCCCCAAGGGCUCCUAGACCCUCUGAAGAAGCUCAGCUCAGUGUAUCUGAGUGGUAACUCAUGGAGAUGUGACUGCAACCUCUGCUACCUGCACCGCUGGAUCCUGCACAACAGGGAGAAGGUCAAAUUGUCCACCCAAGUCUCCUGUAAGAGCCCACCCCACCUGGCAGGACAAGAAGUAACAUUGCUGAGGGAUGAACACCUGAUUUGCCCAGGCACUCUGCCCUUUAACUCCACACCAUCGCAAAGGACAGCAACGUUCCUGUCACAUGGAGCCACGUCCACAGCAGCACCAACCAUGCUGUCAUUGGCAUCCUUUCCCAUCAGGACACUGCCAACCACUCUUUCACCUGUGGUCACCUCUGCUGUGUUGCCAACCAUGCCAAUGGAAGUUGCCUUCACCACUCUGUCACUAACCAAGCCACCUAAGGCCUUUGUCACCACCCCAACACCAGCUGUGCUGCAGAAGACCUUCGGUGCCAGCCAAUCAAUAACCAAUAAGCCCAAGGCCUCCAUCACCACACCAUCAACAACCAGUGUGCCCAGGUCCUUCAUCACCACACCAUCACCAACCGUGCUACCAAAAGCCUUCAUCAGCACCUCAUCUCCAGCUGUGCUGCCAGAGACCUCCAUUACAACCUCAUCUCCAGCUGUGCUGCCAGAGACCUCCACUGCCACACCAUCACCAUCAGCUGAGAUGCCCAAGGCUUCCAUCACCACUCCAUCAUCAGCUAUCUCAACUUCAGCCAUUGUAAGGCUACAGUCUCCUGGGGCUACCCACCCAGACCCUGUGCUACCCGCUCUAGCUGCUGCCACCACACAGGUGCAAACAAGCCCACUGGCAGCCACCACCAGACAAGAGCCUCCUGCUCUCUCAGUGCCCAGGGAGAAGCCAGCCACCAUCCCACAGGGAACACCCAUAGCCCCCCUUGUCUCAGCUUCCUCCGUGGCACUCUGGCCAUCCCCCAGGACUGCUGCUCUGGGCACAGUCCCACUGGCCUCACAUUCGCCAUCGCACCGUGCUCCUGCGCCAGGCAGGGAAUGGGGCUAUUCCACCACGUGCGACCUGUCCACAGCUGGUGCCCAGCCCACCCCCACUGCCCCCCAACACGCUCCUGCUCCGGCAGGCACUGUCCUGCUCCCAACACCUCCCGUCCCCACACUAUCAGACAGCACGAGCCCCUGCCCAGCCUCUCCACCCCUGGUCCCCAGCAGCCAUCGUGCCUGGGGCUCAUCCCUAUGGGCCAGCCCAUGGCAGUGCCAGGUGUCCCUGGCCUUGGGGGUGGCCGUGCUGGCACUGCAGGCAGCCUGCACACUGCUGGGGGGGGUGGUCGCCCUCCUUCUUCACCAGGACACCCGCCACCAGCCCGGGCCACCUCUGCGGCUGCUGAGCGUUCAGGCGCUGGCUGCUCCGGGGACCCCUGAGCCAGCCCCGGCACCACCUUGAGCUUUGCUGUCCCUGUAUGACCUGGGCUGUGCCAGUUGUCCUCCUUUGGGGUCUGCAGCCGUGCUGGCCGCAGGGUGCGCUGUCCCUGGGAUGGGGGUCCCGGCACCCAGGCCGAUCCCAGUGCAGGGGCUCCCCGCAGCCGGGCUGGUUUGGGAUGACUCCUGGCGAUGCUGGGAGCCUGCAAGCCUAUGCGCGGUGUCCCUGCCUGACGGCCCUUCUGCCAAGGGACACUAGAUGGCAUCCCGACACCGGCAGUGGCUGCCGCCGCCUGACCGCGGCCACCGAAACGCCGGAGCCCCCGCACCGCGGACAUGGCCGCUUCUUGGCCAUGGUCAGGAGCCCCUACCCGAAUCUCCUCCCAUCCCUGGAAGGUGCUCGCAGACCUUGGGGAAAGAUAUCACAAGACUUCCUGCCCUGCCGUUCUUUUCUCUGUGCCGCGUUACAGGAUGUGGCAGUGUCUGUGCCACCAUCAUACACAGAUCUCUUCCCCUCUCCCUGUCC